AUGAAAGAAAAAAAGAAGCGUGCGAAGAUCAAUCGAAAAGACGUGAAUUCAAGAUUUCAAGAACUGAUGGACAUUUUGCAGUUAAAAGAAGACCGUAAGUUGAAUCGAGCCAAGAGUUUAGAAAAGACGAUUGAACAUAUUGCAAAGCUGACGGCGGAGCUUGGUAAACUAAAGACAAGACAUGGUCCUCGACAGCAACAAGGGAUACAUCCAACUUAUCAAGCAGGUAUGGGAAAGACGCCGAGCUUGGUACACCACCCUCAUCAACUUUCUCGGAUGACUAGUGCAAUGGCGCACUCGAUGGGACAGCACAAUUUUGUAGGUUCUGUUCGUGGUACCGCCGUAGGUGAUACGAUGUUAUUACCUUACAAGCCUUCUCGAGGUCAUUCGUGGAGAACUACUAGGCUUCCGCUUGCACCGAUGGUGUGGAUGCCUUGCUCGGUAGUUACGUCAGCGGGGAUGCUACUGACGCGUAGUGACCUACCUGCUCGACCUGCUGAUACCUCUAGUCGGAAGCGUGGACGAGAGGAAAGCGUGGAAGUCAAAAUGACAGCAGCAUCAGUAGCUGAACUUACUGAAGUGCUGGCUAUAUCCUCUUCGAUUCGCAACGAGUCGUCAGUGUUUAAGUGGAGCGCACAUGCAAUGUUAACUCUCCUAUCGUACUGCGACGCUUGGACGUUAAUGUCUGUUAUGCGCACAUCCUGCAAGCUAAAGCGCGCAGCAAGUAGCGAGAAGUUAUGGGGAGACUUAUGUCGUAGUCGAUGGCGUAUUUCUCCACAAGUAAGUAUUCCGCAUCCAUUUGAACAUCUCCACAAGUAA